AUGCGGGGCUGGUCUCUACGGCCACUGUAUGGUGCAUUACUGGUACUAUGUGUGUUGUUCAGUGUCAUCAAUGCUGAUUUGUACCAAGAUGAAGUUGUGGAUCUACCUGGAGUCACAUUCGACUACCUUCAUCGUCACUUCAGUGGGUACUUGGACACUCCCAAGGGCAGUAAAUUACAUUACUGGUAGGUUUUUGAUUAGGUUUUGUGAGCAUUACUGUAAUUUGUGGGUAUUUCUUAAAAAGGAUUAGGUAGGGCGAACAGAACUCGGCUAGGGCAGGGCUGUUUUUGGCGUUGGGUGGGGCAAAGGUAAGGAUACGAUUGAGCUUGACAAUCGUAUUAUUGGUAUGUUUGGUUGGUAGGGUGGAUAUAUGGUGCUUCGGAUAGGAUAAAGUAGGGUAGUAUAGGAUGGACUAGGUUUGGGUUACGGUAGUACGAGGGUUAGGGAGAGUUAGGAUUGGGUAAGGUUAGGGCAUGGUCACGGUAAACUAUAGUAUAGAUCUUACUGGAAAGGAGUAUGUCUAUGAUAGGGUACUGUAGCGUAGGACAGAGAAGCUGGUGGAAAGGUAAGGGGGGGGUGGGUGGAAUAGGUAGGGUAGGGUAGGCUAGGGUAGGGUAAGUUAGGGUAGGGUAAGGUAUAAUACGAUAAUACCAUCUGUAAUCUAAUUAAGGUUUGUCAUAACUCAAACAGUAGCUUAAUACCUAUUUUUGUGUUUGUUGACACAACCGGCUACUACAAGGAAACUGAUACGAAAGUACAAACAUAAAACCCUUAUCAAUACUUAUGAAUUAUUUAUUUAAUUACAAGGUUCUUUGAGACAAUACUAAUAAGGCAAUUAGCUUGUUAUCUUAACAAAGAUGGACAUGAAAAGUUUUGUUUCGGAAAAGCAUUGAAGUUUGAAAGGAUAGGCACGUAAAACGAAAGUUUUAAGAAUUAAAAAAAAUUUUAAAAUUUACCCCAAAGAAUAAAAAAUUUUACUCCGCCCAAGGUUUUUAAAGAUAAUGCGCUAAUUUUUCUUGGCGAGUUUUAAAGUAAUUUUUUUUAAGUUUAAAAAAAAAAGAAUAAAAAAUCCACCCCCGAAAAAAAUUUUACCCUGCCCAACUUUAUUAAAUAAAAAAAAUAAAAUGCAAAUUUCUUUUGUGAAUUAGGUUUUUCUAAGCUGUUUUUUAUUAAUUUUUAAAAAAAAUUGAAAAUCCACCCUCAAAAAAAUUUACCCCGCCCAAAUUUUUUUUUGAAAAUUGGGUAUAAUAUGUAAAUACCUGCAAGAAAAUGAAAAUUAACAUCCACAAAAAAUUUUCUACACCGCCCUAGUAUAAGUUUAAAUAUUUUUCAGGUUUUUCGAGUCCCAAAAUGACCCAGCCAAGGAUCCAUUAGUUUUGUGGCUGAAUGGAGGGCCAGGUUGUUCAUCAAUGCUUGGCCUUUUCACUGAGAUUGGCCCGUUUCGACCGAAUCCAGAUGGCGAAACGUUAUUUGAAAAUGUGCAUUCUUGGAAUAAGGUAGGGGUGGUAAAAUACGGAAAGCGGAAUCGCGUUAUUUAAAAAUUUUCAACAUAAUAUUGACUUUUCAAAGUUUUUGAAUUAAAAAUUUUUUAACUUAAAAAAUUUGAUUUUUUUAGCUAGCCAACAUCAUUUUUCUGGAAGCUCCGAAGAAUGUUGGGUUCUCAACUGGCACUAACAUUACCUAUUCGGAUGAUUUGGUAAGGUUAAAUCGAAGUUUUUUAAUGAGGGGGGGGGGAUUGAUAAAAAAAAUAGUGGGUCGGUUAGGCAGGGUAGGAUUGAUAAAAAUAUCUUUUAUACGUCAAGGCUGAUAUGCAAGAUUUUUAAGGCAUGGUAAAUUAAAAGUAAGGGUAGAUUUUAAGGAUACAGUAGGCUCUAAGGCUGUUUGGCUUAAAACUUGGCCACACACAGUUUAUGGUAGGAAAGAACUUGGCAGGGUUAAUAUAGACAAAUGCUCAUAAGAAUGAAGUUUUUCAAGAAGUUGUACCUGUUAGUUUAAGUUAGGGUAAGGUAGGGUAGGGUAGGAUAGGGUAGGGUAGGGUAGGGUAGGAUAGGGUAGGGUAGGGUAGGGUAGGGUAGGGUAGGGUAGGGUAGGGUAGGGUAGGGUAGGGUAGGGUAGGGUAGGGUAGGGUAGGGUAGGGUAGGGUAGGGAAGGGUAGGGUAGGGUAGGGUACGAUAGUGUAGGGUUGAGUAGGAUAGGGUAGGAUAGGGUAGGGUAGGGUAGGGUAGGAUAGGGUAGGGUAGGGUAGGGUAGGGUAGGGUAGGGUAGGGUAGGGGUAGGGUAGGGUAGGGUAGGGUAGGGUAGGGUAGGGUAGGGUAGGGUAGGGUAGGGUAGGGUAGGGUAGGGUAGGGUAGGGUAGGGUAGGGUAGGGUAGGGUAGGGUAGGGAAGGGUAGGGUAGGGUAGGAUAGGGUAGGGAAGGGUAUAGUAGGGUAGGGUAGGGUACGAUAGUGUAGGGUUGAGUAGGAUAGGGUAGGGUAGGGUAAGGUAUGAUAGGGUAGGGAUGGGUAAGUCAAGGUAGGGUAAGAGUAAAAACAGCAUCGAAAACUAAAUUUUAAUUUCCAGACGGCUGAAGACAACUUGGAAGCUCUGUCGGAAUGGUUCAAACGUUUCCCAGCCUAUCAGAAUCAUGAGUUUUACUUAGCUGGAGAAUCCUACGGUGGUGUAUAUAUUCCAACGUUGGCUAGGCUGGUCUUGAAGAAUGUAUGUUGACAUUUUUAGUACAAAACAUACUAUAACAAUGUUGUUACAGUACCAAAUGUAACAUCAUAUAAUAGUAUUUAUAUAGUACCAAACGUACAAUAAUAGUAGUCUUAUGGGAAAAAAUGUAUUAUCAUAGCACUCUUAUAGUACCUAACGUACCAUCACUAUUCAUAUUCUAGUACUUUUAUAGUAUUAACCAUACUGUCAUAGUAAACUUAUAGUACCAAACGUACUGUCAGUGUACACCUACUAUUACAAUUAUUUUCAUCUCAUGUCUAUAAAACCAAACCAACUCCCAUAGUAUCAAAACUAAUUUCUCAAUUUCAGCCAUCAAAAGUCCCGGCCAACUUUGCCGGCUUCCUAAUCGGUAAUGGUAUCUACAGCUACAAGACCAACGUCAACUCCUUUAUCAACCUGGCCGUGAAUCGAGGACUGGUCGAUCGAAAAGUGGUCAACUAUCUGGUCGAUCAUUGCUGCAAAGACCAGAUAUUCGGAUUCUGCGACUUUUUCAACUUUGUUCACAUCAGCGAAACUGGCAAAAUGACCGUGCGCAACUUCACGGACGCCGUUGAUAAGGAAUGUGCCAAGAAGAUCGUCAAAAUCGCUGAUACCGACUUCUGGCACCUCGAAGGCUACUCAUCGUACAAUUUUGCACAAGACUGCUACGCAAAAGACUAUAGUACCAGCACGGCACAACAAACCUUCUUGAACACCGUGCUGAGGAUUCAGGAUGCCAAAACUAAUGGAAUAGAAGCAUUGGUCAGUGAUGGGGUCAAUCGACAUGUCAAUCAAGGUGUAAGUUGGCAUUUAUAUUGUUGGGCUAAGGUUUGGCAUGGUAAUGUUGAAGAAGAGAACAAAAAAAAAGGUUAAGGUUAAGAUAUAUGACUGUUUAUAACAUAUAUGGAUUUUUUCUUUUAUUACAUAAGUUUUAAACUUAUGUACGUGCGAAUUAUCGAAUUAUAAUAAUAUGGUUAUAUAUACAUAUGAUUUGAUUUUUUGCUUUUACGUGGGUCUUCAACUUAUGUACGAGCGAACUAUCAGAUUAUAUGGUUAUAUAUAUAGUAUUUAUUUUUGCUUUUAUCUGGUUUUCCAACUUGUGUACGAGCGAAUUAUCGGAUUAUAUGAUAUAUAUGGUUAUAUACAUAUACUUUGAUUUUUUGCUUUACUAUGAUUUUUAACUUGUGUACGAGCGAAUUUAUAACUUUGUACAACGGACUUUUGGCGCACCCUGUACUGUAAAAUCGAACUGGGCUAGUCAGAGCUAAUGAGACUCUUUCCAACUCCGCUCGAGAACCGAACACACCGACAAUCGUAUAUAACCGAAAUAAAUCUGACCGACAAUAUUGUAUAUGGUAUUUACCUCCCGAAAACAACCAACAAAGUUAUAAGAUCAUAAAACAAUACAGUCGACACCCUUCUACGUAUUGCGGGUCCAAACGGGGGCUGGUCAAAUCCACCCAACCGUCCACUCCUGUGUAAAUCUUUAAGACUGACCAUUCUUCUCCUUGAGGAGAUUGGGGCGAGUGCGGGCGGAAUGCCAAGACGCUCUGGUUACUCGAACUGUUCUAAACGACCUUCAGCUUUAAGUUCAAGUAAGAAACGUCCGACUCCUUCGAACUGUAACAAAGAGAAGGCUCAAUCUUUUCAACGUUCAUUCGUUCCUAGCUUUAAACCGAGUAAAAGAGCUACUGAAUUUCAAGGUUCAACUCCAGAAAGCAUGCCUCCUGUUCAAAUUUCAAAAAAUUUUUUUACAGAACCCCCUGUUUCGGCAGUUACUGUUCCAGAAAUUCCCUAGUAAAACAACUUGAUAUUAUUCAGAAAGUGAAAGAGUGGCGGGGGGCCCGGUCUGUGGUUGGCUAGCCCCCACGGCACCUUUCUGUGCGGUGGACCGUUCCCGGUGAGGGCCAAGACGUACCCUCCCUCAGGAACGGUUCGGGCUCUUUGUCUUGUCAAUUGGGGCUCUAUGAAAGCUCCAACUUCUGUCUGGGACUCAGAGGGGUUUGUAUGGUUGGUUGUCGGUCCUGAGACCCGCGAUCUGAUCAGUACUGGCGCGCGCGUAAAAGUUUUCCUUUGGCCUAUCCCUGGCCUUAUUCCCUGGCCUAUUCCUGGCCUAUUCCCUGGCCUAUUCCCUGGCCUAUUCCCUGGCCUAUUCCCUGGCCUAUUCCCUGGCCUUAUUCCCUGGUAGCUACAUCUACCGUACUCCUCAACCCGGGUUGGUACAUAAAGUCUGUCGACCGUCACUCGCGGUGAGUCGGCGGCCGGAUCGAUCGAUCGAUCCCGAUAUCCAACAAUCCCUGGCUUAAAUAGUUGCCCCGAUCGGCCCCGUUCCCACGACUGAUCAUGGCCGCGAUGAGACACACAUUCCUCGGCCCACGCGGGUUUCCGCGUCUUGAUAUGAUUUGUGUCCUGGCCGGAGCCAUCAAAUUAUGUUAUUUCUUGGUUUGGACUUUGGUCCUAAACUAGGAUUGAUGCCUUGCGCAUCACUAGAAUAUGAAUUGCAAUAAAAAAUUCCGCUUUUAUAAUCCAAUAUUGUUUCAGUACCUCCAAAACCACUUGUCCAGCGACGCAUUCGGCGGAUUCCCAUGCUACGCUCACGGUGCCAUCUACAAAUAUCUCAACCGGGAAGAUGUGAAGAAGGCCAUUCAUGUCGAAGGCGACUGGGACAUGUGCAAGUAAGUCUUUGUUAUUGUUUUGUGAUUUUAGGUAUGAAGGAGAAAGUUGAUCGAUUUGAAGGUAAAAUGAGGUGAAAUCAUGUGUAUUCUUAAUGUUUUUUAAUGAAAAGUUUAAAUAAGUUGUAGAAAGGAAGAACAUACGUAUUGAUUACCGUUUUAGUCAAAAAGAACAUGAGAUUUAAAGAAAACAAAUUAAAAUUAUAUUGUAGUAGGUGUUUGACGAAAAUCGGCGCGUUAGUUAUCGAAAUUGGCUUUGAAUAAACAAAUUCUUGAUUGGAUUAGCUAGAUUAAAGUGUUGCAAAACUAACAAGCUAUAAAAUGUUAUAUUUUUCAUUAAAAUAAAAGAGAACGGCCAGAAAUUUGACAUGAAUUCUUAAAUUAUAUUGUAAUAGGGAAAUUUGAUGUUUUGUGAAAGGAAACGCGCUUUUUCGGUAAAAUUAUUGUUUGAAUUAGAUAGAAAAAUGUCUUCCGGAGCUAAUAAGCUAUAAUUUAGCUAGCAUUGUGUGAAGUUUAUGUUAAUAUUGAGGGAGAAACAUCAAAAAGUCCUUUGAUCAAUUUGGAACGGUUUUCGACGACAAUUUUGGGCCGAAAUGCCAUUUCUUUUUAUAAAUUAUUGUGUUUUUCUAUUUUAUAGGUAUAGAUCAAUGUUUUUUAUAUCAAAAAAAUAAAAAACCGAUUUAAUUCACCUCAAUUUUCAGCGACUACCUGGACGAUGUCUACCUACAACAAUAUCAGGACACAAAAGAAGUCUUUGACGAAAUUUUUGUCUUCAACAAAGACCUAAAAGUUAUGCUGUUCAACGGUGACACGGAUGGAGUGUGUAACUUCCUCGGAACGGAAUGGUUCAUUGAAGACAACUUCCAAUGGGAUUCAGAAUCCGAUCGUACGCAAUGGCUGUUCCAGAAGGGCGACUUCAUUAAAACCUACGCCGGCUUUCAAAAGAAGUUCCAGAAGAACAAAGUUAAGCUUGAUUUGGUGACCGUGGCUGGCGCCGGGCAUUACGUGCCGACGAAUCGGCCCGGACCCGCCAUCCAGAUGUUGAGGAACUUCUUGAAUGGAGAAAGAGACUAUAGUACGAGUGCGUUGAUCGACGAAACUGAGAAAACCAUCAAGAAUCGUUAUUUGGAACAGGUCAGAAGUCCAAGUAGGUUUAUUGAGGGUGUACAUAUUGUUAUUGCCUCGACAGUUCGAUAAAAUGGAAAAAAUGGGCACAGCCUGACAAUCUUUAGUGUUUUGCAGGCUGCGGGGGCCAAGUUAUCCGAUGAAACAUGUUCCAACUUGAAAUUAAAAAACUGUUUUUAAAAGACAAAAAGUUUAAAAAUAAACCAAUUAUGACUAAAAUUUCACAAAAAAUUUUUUUAAAUUACAGUAACUCGAAAACAAGCGGACCGAAUCUACUACCUUCCCGGCCUCACUUUUGACAUUAACUUUGAGCAAUACAGUGGCUAUCUAAAGGCAACAAAAGGCAACUACCUACAUUAUUGGUUAGUGAAAUCACAGAACAACCCUAGCUCAGAUCCGAUCGUGCUAUGGCUGAACGGUGGACCAGGUUGUUCAUCGUUAAUGGGACUUUUGACCGAAUUGGGACCAUUCCGACCGAAUCCAGAUGGUCUAACUUUGAGUGAAAACGAUUUUUCUUGGAAUAAGGUGGGGGUUUAGACAAUUUUAGAAAAUUUUUAUAGAAAUUUGAAAAAAAAAAUUUUUGAAAUUCUGAAAUUUUAAAAAAAUUUGAAAUUCAAGGCUGCAAACGUUCUGUUCCUGGAAGGACCACGAGAUGUUGGCUUCUCAUACCAAAAUACGACGGAAAACAAGGAUCAUACCUAUAGUGACGAAAAGACAGCCGAAGACAAUUACCAGGCCCUGAAGGACUUCUUCAAUGUCUACACGGAAUUCCAAAACAAACCAUUCUACAUCAUGGGCGAAUCGUACGGUGGUGUCUAUGUGCCUACAUUAACGGAGAGAACAAUCAGAGUGGGUUUUUUGAAGAUUUGGGGGUUUGCAAAAGCAGGAAAAUGUAAAAGAUGGGUUUUCGUUGUGGGACCCAAACCUAUGUGGAAUGUUUUGCCUGAAUUGCUUAUUUAGUUUUAUUUGAUGUUAAAAUGAGAUUGAAAGUGAAUAUUUUUCUAGAAAUUUAUUUUACAGUAUUCUGAACAUGUAUUUUUUAGUUUUUAAAAAUUUAAAUUUUGAAAUAUCACCUUCAGGGCAUUCAAUCAGGAGACAUGAAGAACGUGAACCUAGUCGGAAUGGCCGUAGGCAACGGAAUCCUCUCUUCAAUCGAACAAAUGCGCUCCAACGUGCCACUAAUGUACCACCGUGCUCUGAUCGACAAAACCGAGUGGGAUUCUUACUUUAGUUGUUGUGGUGGUGACUACAAUAAACUGGCUGACUGUGACAUUACACGCUUUAUAUUCAUCAACGGAUCCGGCGACGCUCAACCCAGUGACGGCUCGGAAUGCUCACAACUCGUUGGCAGACUAGCUCAACACCAAUGGUUUUUGAAGGGGAACAACAUCUACAACGACCUACAGGACUGCUACGAACAAACUGAUAUUGUCUUUGGGUCGAUGGAGGGCAAGAAGAGGGAAUUCAACGAUUGGUUUGGGGGGAGGGUGAGCAUGUUUAUACUUGUUUAUGCUUUGAGGGGAGGGGCGUGGGUGGGGGUAGAUAUCAGCAGGGGUAGUUUAUUUUUUUGAACAUAGACAAGGUAAAAUUUUGUUGUAUUUAUUUUUAAACGCGUUUUUAAGAAUUUUUUGGGCGGGGUAAAAAAUUUGGAGGUGGGGGAGGAUUUUUUAGUAGUCAUUGUUAAGGGCGUUUUUAAAACAGUUUUUUAAUAUAUUCCUAAACGCGUUUUAAAGAAAUUUUUUUUUGGGGCGGGGUAAAAAAAGUUUUUUUGGGGGAUUUUUUUUAGGAUACGGUAAAACUUUUUUUUAGGUGUGCGGUCAAAAUUAAUAAAAUUUUUUUUUGUUAUCAGGUAUGUUUUUUUAAAUUUUUUUAGGGCGGGGUAAAAAAAUUUUCUGGACAAAUGUGUGAAAAAUGUUUUUUGGCAUUUUAGGGAGCGGAAAGUAAAAAUUGUUUUUAGUGAGGAAUUUUUUAGGCUGUUCUUUCUAUUUUAAGCACUACUUUUAUUUAUUCUGCCCUUUUGUUAUCUUCGUUUCACGUAUUUUACCACGCUUUAGUCUGCCAAACCUCAUGUUGAAGGCCAAGAAGGCGUGAACACGAUUCAAAACCUCUUCUCUACCGAUUCCCAAGGCGGAUUCGCAUGCUACGCUAACGCCGCCGCUGAAAAAUGGCUAGAUACGAACGAUGUGCGUUCAGCCCUCCAUGUACCAUCGUACGUUCAAAAGUGGUUACCAUGCAAUGAUACCAUCAACGUCAUCUACAAACAACAACACAAUGACACUGGAGAGGUGUUCGACAAGAUUAUUGAUUCGCAAUACCCCCUAAGGGUACUGGUUUAUAAUGGCGAUGUGGAUCUGGGUAAGGGUGGGGUAUGGAACGACAUUUUGGAGGGGGGGGGGUGGGGGUGGGUAUUAAUAAGAAAUGGCAUAGAUGGCUGUUUUAUGACAUAACAUGACAUUGUUGAUAGAUAUGUGUUAGGAAAUGGCAUAUAGUGAGAUAUAUAUAAUGACAUUUUGGAGGUGGGGGAUAGAUGUUAAAUAAGAAAUGGCAUAGGGGGCUAUUUUAUGACAUACAAUGACAUUUCAGACCGAUAUAAAAUAUAAACUGGCAUUUCGGUCUGUGUUAUGACAUUAAAUGUCACCUAUUGUAUAAAAUGUCAUUUUGGAAUAAUAUACGACAAAAAGUGUCAUUUUUAGUUGACGCAUGGUAUAAAAUGUCAAUUUAGACCGAUAUGUGAAAGAAAAUGGCAUUUUACACUGUGUUAUGACAUAAAAUUGUCAUCUAUGAAAAAAAUUUAAUUUUUUGUUAAUGUGUGGUAUAAAAUGGCAUAUAUUAUUUUGGUUUUAUAUGACAUAAAAUGUCACUAUAGCCUGAUUUUUGAUUGAAAAUGUAAUUUAAGCUUAUUCAUAACAUAAAAUGUUAUCUAAGGCUGUUCUAUGACCUAAACUGUCAGUUGAGGUCGAACUACGGCAUACAAUGGCACCUGAGGCUGGUCUAUGACAUAAAGUGUCACCUGAGGCUGACUUAUGAGAUAAAAUGUCAUUUCAGGGUGACUUAUGACAUAAAACGUCAUCUGAGGCUAACUUAUGAUAUAAAAUGACAUAUAAAGCUGACCUAUGACAUAAAAUGUCAUAUAAAGCUGACGUAUGACAUAAAAUGUCAUCUGAGGCUGACUUAUGACAUAAAAUGUCAUCUGAGGCUGACUUAUGACAUAAAAUGUCAUCUGAGGCUGACUUAUGGCAUAAAAUGUCAUUUUAGGCAUAUUUGUGGUACAAAAUGUCAUUUUGCAAAACUUCAUGGCAGAAGAUGUAAUUUAUUUUUUUAUCAAACCAUUUUUUACUUAAAAUUCACUUUUUUCAGCCUGCAACUUCCUCGGCGACCAAUGGCUAGUCGAGCGUGUAGCCAAGAAACACGACCUCAAGACUAGCCGCUCCUACAACGCCUGGACUGUCCGCACUCAAAUCGCUGGCUACGAAAAACAGUUUUCGAACAAAAACUUCUCCAUAGACUUAUUGACCGUAAAAGGGGCGGGUCAUUUGGUACCAUUGGAUCGACCAGAACCAGCUCUACAAAUGAUUAACAAUUUCAUGGCUGAUAACGAAUAUAGUCGACCGGUCGCAGUGAAAACGAAUAGUAGAAGGCUGAAGGAGGAGUAUGUCAUCAAGGAGAAUGUGGGUUUGAAUUUUUGAAAUUUGAAUUUUAAAACAUUUUUAGGUUUUUUUUGGUCGAUUUUAAUAAAAAUUUUGAAAUUUAAAAAAAAAAUUAAAAUUUUAAAAAAUUUUAAAAAAUUUUUGAAAUUUUGAAAUUUGUUGAGUUUUUAAAAAUUUUAAAAAUUUAUGCCAUUUUAUGCGUUACCUAUAAAGUUUGAUAUGAAAAAAGGUUUAGUUCGCCAAAGAAGUUGGCCCAACCAGCCCAUUGGACACGUUUGCCAAGAACAAUCUUCACAUCACAGCCGCUCAUAAAUACUACAACAGAAGAAGACAGGAGUUGAAGAAGCAGAGCGAUGUGAAGAGUGGUAAGUACUACCGAACGGGUGAUUUUUAUGGGGCGGGGCAGGUGAAAAGAAGCGGCUUUGGCUUCUUGGAUCUGUUAAGGGGACGGGCUGGGCCUAAUUGUUUAGCCCGGCUUUUAAAAAUUUGUUUUGGUCCGGUCUAUUCAUAUUGGCCCUCCUUUAGGUUUAGUGGUGAGUACAGUGGAAGUCUUGUGAAACGAACUUUUAGUGGCUAGACCUGAAAGGGGCUUGACUGGGCUAACGCUAAUUUAAAACGGGCUGGACCGGUUUGAAAUGUUGGCUUUGGCUCAUACUCAGGUCAAGCCGGGGCAGUUGAAAAGAAGCGUUUUUGGCUGGAUUUUUAGAUUUGUUUUGGAAAAGUAACAGGGGGACUAAUUUCAGCUUUUUUUGAAAAAAAAAUUUUUUGUGGUAGUGGAGAGGUGGGGGUAAAAAAUGGGGGGGGGGAUGGUUUAAUCAAGGAUUAGCUAAAAUUUUUUUUUUGGUUUGGUGAAGGGCAUGAAGGAAAAAUAUUCAUUCUGCUUGAGUUAAGGUAUUGCUGCGGCUUUUUUAUGGGAUGAAAAAAAAUUUUAAAAAAAUUCGAAAAAUGUUGAAUUGAAAUUUCGAAAAGGUUAAUUUUUUUGAAAAAUUUUAAAAAAAUUAUAGUUUUUCACUUUUUAUCAUAAAACUCAAAAAAGGUUUUUAGAAAAGAACGAGAAACCGACCCUAACCCUCAACCCACCAGCCAAGCAUACCAAAGAGCAGGAUCGUAUAAGCAAAAUCAGCGAUUGGAUCAACUUCCAAAAUUCUCCAUUACAAUACUCUGGAUACCUAAACGCUAACGAGCACACUCAUCUGCAUUACUGGCUAAGCACCAAGGACCAGCCCGACUCUCAAGCACCCCUCAUUCUGUGGCUGAACGGUGGUCCAGGCUGUUCUUCGCUGGGCGGUCUAUUCAAAGAGCUGGGCCCAUUCCGAAUGACCAAAGACGGCAAGAAGCUGGACCAAAACCGUUUCAGCUGGACUAAAGUAGGAGAUGUACUGUUCCUCGAAGCACCGGCUGGCGUUGGAUACUCGUACUCGUCGAAUGAAACGGCUGAUACUAUCUAUAAUGAUGAUAGGACGGCUCAGGAGAACGCUAAGGCUUUGGAACAGUUCUUGUUGAGGUUUGAGGAAUAUCAAGGAAGAGACUUCUAUGUGACAGGCGAGAGCUAUGGUGGUAUCUACGUACCGACUUUGGUCAGGGAAAUAUUGAGAAUCAAAAAGGUAAGCAUUUUUCUUGGUUUACUUACAACUAGAGCUGUAAAAGGGGCGGGCCAAAUUUUUUAGUUCAGCUUACGGGCGCAGAUUUUCCAGUCCGACCUUUUUCAUGUUUGCUUUGGCGUGCUCUAGUGAGCCAUUUGUUAAAUCUACCUACCAUUAAGUUGUUCAAAUAAUUCUGUGCUAUCUCUCAAAACAUAUGUUGGGGAUUAAGGGGCAGAAUUACUUGAAUAAUCUAAUAGUUGGUAUUAGAUGAUUUGCUCCGUAUUUAUUUAUUUUAUUUAUUUAAUUACUAUAUCAACCUACAAUCAAUAAUGAGGUACACAUAGAAUUAACAAUAUAGAUUUUUUUGUGUAAAUUACGGCUUUGUAUUUGAUAUUAUAUUAAACAAGCAUUUUUAGAAGUCGAAAAAGGGUUUUCGUGUUGGGACUCAAAUUGGUAAUCAGGUUUUUCGUGUCGGGACCAAAAUUGAUAGUCAGGAUUUGUGAAAAAUUUAGUAGUUUUACUUUUACUUUUUUUGUGUAAAAUACGUUAAAACGUCAAGGCUUUUUUCUUACAUCUUAAAAGGAGCCGUUUGAUAAGCUAUAUAAUAAUCUAUAAUUAGGGUUUUCGUGUCGGGACCAAAAUCGAUAAUCAAAGGUUGUACUAUGAGAUCAUAAUAUAUCGUCUGGGCUUAAAAAUAUAGUGAUUGUUACAGAAUGAAUCCUCUUCACCAUUGCAAAAGUUGAAUUUGAAAGGAUUUGCGAUUGGAAAUGGCAUGCUGAACGAGUACGACCAAGUCAAUUCGGCCGUACACUUGAUGUACUAUCGCGGAUUCUACGAUAAGGAGUGGGUUUUUGGGGGUAAAAUACGGAUGGUUGUUUUUUGGUUGUUAUGUUGUUUUUUGAUGUACUAGGAGUAUGGCAUAAAAUACAAUCUUUUAUUUUUAAAAAUUAGCAAAAAAGGCGAUUUUUUUGAAAAUUUUGGGUUUUUUGGCCGUUUGUUGUCAUUUAUUAAUUGUUUUGAUUGAUUUUUGACAUUUUUCUAGAACAUACGAAGAGAUCCUAUCAUGCUGCCCAGAAUCCAAAGUCAGCCACGAAUGUAACCUCACCAAAUACAUCAAUUUCAAACCGAAUGGCGACUCGGAACGCACUCCAGGAGACGCCAAGCAUGAACGAUGCUCGGAACUAGUCGAUUUCUAUGGAUUCUGGAACGUAUGGACAAGUGGAAUCGAUGUAUACAACAGCUAUCAAGAUUGUUAUGCAUCGGAAGAUGGAUUUGAGGAUUCUAGAAAUGGUUGGGGAGAGAGUGGAACAAAGAAUGGGCAUGAGAAGGUUAAGAAUGAGAGAGUUUUAAGAGCAAAACGGUCGAUCGGCUUCGACAAGUUGGCUUUGUCUGAAAACUAUACGUUUGUCGAUCAAAAUGUAAGGGUGUUUACUACUGGACUUUAGAAGGUUUUUAGAGUUAGUGGGACGGGGAAGGGACGUCGCUACAAUUUUUUUUUCACUGUGAGAAGGGGGAUGUGGUGGUGUAAAUAGGGGGUGUAUUUUUACAAAGACCUUUUUGGGCGAGGGGUUUGGAUUUUUUUGGGUAUAAACCGCUCUUGCUACUAUUUUUAUCAUUUAUGACUAUAAAGGAAGAUAUAAAACUGCUAAAAUUAAAGAACAUGUUUCGUUGUAUAACAUGCUUUGCGCAGUCUGAAAACUUAAGUUUAAGGUUUUUUAACUGAAAUGGCAUUUUGGUGAAUAGUUAUGGGAUUCAGAAGCUUUGAUGUAUAAAGACUGUUUUUUAUUUAAAAUUUUUGAAAUUUUUAAAAGAUUUGAAAUUAAAAAAAUAUAAUUUUUAAAAUAUACUUUGGAUAGCUAAACGAUAUUUUUGUUUAAUUAAGUUUUUUUAAACUUGAUUAAGCCAAUAAAUCAAAGUACAAGACUCAAAACUAGUUUUUGGAAAUUUAAAUUGAUUUUGCUAAUACAAUAUGAUAAUUAAAGAGAAUUUUACGCAUAACUUUAGAGUUUAUUUUAUUUAAAAAUUUUUUAAUUUUUGAAUUUUUUUUUUAUUUUUUAAAAUUUUUGAGUUUUUUAAAUUAUUCGUAAUUUUCUAAUUUUAAAAUAUUUCUUGAAGUUUUGUUGGUUUUUUUUAAAAUUUUUGUAAUUUUUUGGAAUUUCCAGAAACUGUACAACCGCGAAUCGACCGACGCCAACGGUGGCUUCCAAUGCUAUUCCUACGAGCCAACAGAACGCUUCUUGAACCUGAAGGCGGUCAAGAAUAACAUAAACGUGAAUACGAAUAUCGAUUGGACGAAUUGUAACGACGAAAUGAACGAGAAUUACAUUCAACAGAACCACGACACAAGACAGGUCUGGGAUGAUAUCAUAUCACUGUUGGCUGAUCUUAACAUUGAUGAAUUCAAGUCUUUGGUCUAUAAUGGCGAUUCGGAUAUGGCAUGUGAAUACAUGGGCAAUGAAUGGUUCUUGUACAGAUUGGCAGAGGAUUAUAAGCUGGAGAAGACGGUCGAUGAAUAUGGUAGGGGGUUAUAAUGCAGGUUUUUGGGUAUCAAGAAAAGGGUAGGGUAGAAUAGGUUAGGUCAAGUAAGGCCAGGGUAUAGCGGGGUACAAUGUGGUAGGGCAGGGCAGCGGGUACGGUAAGCUAGGAUAGGGCUAUAUUUUUAAUUUUAGAACAGGGUUUUCUAGCCUUAUUAGAUCGUUUAAAUAAUUUUGUGCCGUCUCUCAAACCUAAUGUGUUAGGUUUAGGAGCACACAAUUAUUUGAACAGCUUAAUAAUAGCUUUUAAGAUAACAAAAUAAAAUUUUAGCCAUUAAAAUGGCAAUUUUUCGAGCAAAAAAAAGAAAUUAUUGGGCUUUGUGGCGUUGAAAUUCUGAAUUUUAAUUAAUAAAACCGCUUUUUAGGUAUCCACGGUGAUAUUUAGGUACAAAAAUCGUGAUUUAGCUAGCGAAAAGGAUUUUCAAUGGGUUAGAAGUGAUGUUUUUAAGAUUUACUGGGCUAAUAUGGAAGUUAGAAAUGUCAAAAACAGUAUUUUAGGUAACAAAUUGUUGGUUUCAACGCAAGAAAGUGCUGUUUUUUAAAUAGGCCUAACGAAAAGUGAGAUAACGGUUCAAUUUUAAAGUAUCCUCUCCUCUUGCUUUCUUUCCUUCCUCUUCUCUCUAUUUCCCCUCCGUCCUCACUCUACUAUUUCUUGUCAAAAAAUCUAGGCUUAGGGCCCUAAUAUAAGAUUACUGUAGUUUUUUAAAAAUUAAAAUUUUUUUUUCAAAUUGAUUUUCUUUCAGAAUCCCAAUGGAACGUCACCCUUCCAAAAGACGCGUCGUCAACAUAUUUACCACGCCGAGCUGGUUCAGUCACCCAAUUCCACGGCAAGAAACUGUUCUUGGACUUUGUCACAGUCAAAGGCGGUGGUCACUUUGUACCACAGGAUCGACCAGCCGUAGCACUACAAAUGAUUGCCAAUUUCAUUCGACAGUCACCAACCGAUGUGAAGCCAGUAAAUUACAGUACACCAUUGGGAGUGGAGGACUUGGAAUUGUUCGAUGAGAAGCGUUCGAAUCGGUUUGUUAAAGAGAGUAAGAGAUAUUGUAGUAGGUUGCGUUUUUAAUUGGUGAUUUUAGGCCUAAAUUCUGCGUUUUGAGCCUAAGGUAACUACCUAAAAACCUACUUGAAGACUAGAAAAGUCCCUUAAAAUUUAUUUUAAGCUUAUGUCAUGGUUUGGAGCCUAAACUAGGCGUUUUAAGCCUAAGGUCUUAACUUCAAGCCCCAGCUAGACUUGAAAAAAGGCAAAGAGAAGCUUAAUGGACUUUAUUUCCAGUCUAGUUUUAAAUUAUACGGUUGUUCAAAUAAUUCUGAGCUAUUAAAUCACGAAGGUUUGCUUUGAAAGGUGGCUCAUAAUUAUUUGAACAACAGAAUAAGAGGUGGACCUCACAGGGGGCUCAUUAGGUGGUAGGUGAGGGCUAAAGAAAACUUUAAAAGGUCAGGCUGGCAAAUGUGGCCUAUGGGCUGGACUGAAAAAUUGAACGGUCCCUUUACAGCUAAAGUUGUAGCUAGACUGAAAAACAUUUAAAAAAAACUUUUUUUUGAAAUAGUCAACAGGGGGGGGACCAAGUUCAAUAUUUUUUGAAAAAAAAAUUUUGAAAUUAAAAAUAUCAUUUUUAGCCCCAAGAAGAGUCCUAGAUAAAGUUUUCAACCUUCCUGGCCUGACUUUCAAACCAAACUUUACUCAACAUUCUGGCUACUUGAAUGUCUCUGAAGGCAACUACCUUCAUUAUUGGUAAGAAGAGGACAUUUUUGAAUGAAUCUAUUUUUGAAUAUUAAAAAGAGGAUUUUUUCUUGUCAAUAAAAUUAGUUUUGGACACAACUGGAAGCUAGAAUAACAGGAAUGUGCAAAAAUAAACAAGGACCUAUAACAAUAUGAUUCCCUAUGAUAAUAUACCUCAUACCUCAUUUAUAACUUUAGGUAUGUUGAAAGUCAAAAACCAAAAGCACCACUAGUCCUAUGGCUCACCGGUGGACCAGGUUGUUCAUCUCUUGGUGCGUUGUUCGGUGAGAACGGCCCAUACUUCGUGAAUCCGGACGGCCGGACCCUCUUCGAGAACGUUUACUCAUGGAACAAAGCCGCCAACGUCCUGUACCUCGAAUCUCCCAGAGGCGUCGGUUUCUCCUAUCAAAGCUUUGACCAAAACCGUCAAGAUUACGAGUAUAACGACCAAAAAACGGCCCGAGAUGUUGUGUUAGCACUACGAGAAUUCUUCCGAAUCUAUGAAAUCGAUGCCGAUUUUUACAUCAGUGGCGAAUCCUAUGCAGGCGUAUAUGUACCAGCCGUGAGCAGAGUAUUACUACAGGAAUUGGAUAGCGAAGAUCAGGGUAUAUUCAAUGGUACCGACCUGAGAUUCCGAGGAUUUUUGAUUGGAAACGCGUAUUUGAGCCGCAAAUCAGCCGUAAGUCGAUGGUUUUGACGAAUAAAGCAAAGUUUUUGGUGGGAAAAUGUCAUUUUUGGAGUUGAGCCUUUAAAAAUUAUGUUUGCUCUGAAAAUUCUGACCUAGAAAUUUGAUUUACAUAAAGAAUUUUGGUUUAUUUUUAGCUCUAGAAGCGUUUGAAAAAGGUAUACUUGAUCUAGAUGCCUAAAACAAGCUUUUUCAAGGAAAAAUGAUGUUUCGCGAUAAUAAAUUGUGAUUUUCUGUUAAAAUAAGACUAAACAUGAAAGUAUUGAUUUAAAAAUAUGUUUUACAUCAAUAUUUUUGGUUUAGUUUGAGCUCCAGAAGGGUUUGAAAGAGGCAUACCUGAAGUAGAUCUCUGAAACAGUUUUUGAAGGAAAAUUUGUUUUUAUAAAAUAAUUUCGGAAAAUUGCGAUGAUCGUAUUUUACAAUACUAUUUCUGAGUUGUUUUGUUCUCUAGAAAAGCGAGAAAAGCAAAAAUACAGUUUUGAAAUUGCGUUCAAAUCAUUUGUGACACUUCGCAUUUCGCCGGUGACGGCCGCGGCCGUUUUUGAUGAAAUUUCAAAGUUUGGCGGGAAUUUUUGAGGUUUUUGGUGGUGAAAUGAAGGAAAUACGAAGAUGUUUUGAAGUAUAUUGUUUUAGAUAGCUUUUACAUUGAAUUCAAGAAGAUUUGGCCUUUUUUUGGAGUUUUGGGGUUUAAGUCGGGUUUUUUGGCGAUUUUUCAUGCUUUAACUGAUUAUAUGAUGGAAAAUUGAAUAGAUGUGUUGUCGAAAACUUGUUUUUAGCCUUUUUAUUAAUUUAGGAUACUUUUGAGACUGAUGUUUUAAUGUUUUGGGUUGAUUUUUUGUAAUUUUUGGGGUAGAAUUCGCGAUUUUCGGGAAAACUUUAUGUUUAUGGAUAAUAUCGCUUGUAUAAAGAUGUAUUUUAGGUUCAAAUGAAUGUGAAAAUAAUGUAAAAAGUCUUGCUAUUAUUUGUGAACUUUUUUUAAGAUUUCAAAUUAGUUUUUACAGUGUUUGGGCCGAAAAUUGAUAUUAUCCAUGUUCAUCCUGGUGUAACAGUUACUUUUGCUUCUCACUGUUUUGUUAUGUCUAACAUAGUAGAAAUUUUACAUUUUUAGGAAGCAACAGACCCCGAUCUAUAUUAUACACACGGUCUUCUAAGCAAAAAGUAAUUUUUUCAGUUUAAUUUUUGUUGUUUUAGGUUGUAGUAGGCAUUUAAAUGUACCUUUUGCAGAGAAUAUUUGGCCAUUCGGGAAAAGUGCUGUAUCGAAUCGACGAAUGAACUGUGCCCAAUCGAUCUUGAGCACGAGACAAAGGAAUGUAAAGCUGCGAAAAAGGCCAAGAGUCGGAACACGAAGCACCUUGACUUCUACAAUAUCAUUCAGCAAUGCUACGAACAGACGAAGGAUUCAGUGCUGUUGACAGGGGAGAACAAUGUGCUUAGUAAAUUGAAGGUAUAUUUUGGUUUUGUGUUUAUUGAAGCUUAGGGUGUUUGGUUUUUGUACUUGAACUCUGAAAGUGUCGACCUACUACAAUAUAACUCCUUAUAUCUAAUGAUAAGAUAACUUUCAGGCCGACAUCUUUACGUCAAUGGAAGCCCAAAAGAACGCCAAACGUCAUUAUCACGAUGGAAAUUUGGUAGAAGCUGCUCAUUAUUCUCUACGCUCUAGAAUAAACUACGCUUCCACGGAUGCCUUUGGAGGUGCACGGUGCUUCAUUUUCGACAAAAUGACGGAUUAUUUGAACCAGAAACAUGUCAGAGACGCAUUGCAUGUACCAUCGUUUGUGCAAGAGUGGGAAAUGUGCAGGUAAGCGGAGAUGCUUAGUGUUUUUGAAAAUUGUAGUAGGUGGGUCGGUGGCGUUGAUAUAGAUGGGUGUAAGCAGGGCCGGGCGCGAAGGAGGGGGGGGGACCCCCCCAGAAAAAAAUUUUUGAAAAAAUUUUAACGUGGUCCCCCUGUGGAUUUUCGGAAAAAAAAUUUUGCAAAAAAUCGGCACAGGUACCUGGGCCGAUUUUUUGGACCCCCAGACCAAAAGUUCUCGCCCGGCCCUGGGUGUAAGGUAUCGUGAAAUUGGAAUAACGAGUUGACGUUUAACAUAGUUACUGUUUAGUAGAUGGUCAAUUAGUGUAGUAAAUAUCAAGUUCAUUGCUUACUUCAAGAAAAGUUAUGGGCUGUUAUAUAAUGUUAUAGUAGGUAAGAGAUUAUUUUGAUAAGGAUUGAUGUAUCUUUUGAUACAAAGUUGAUAUAGACUUGAUGCUUAGAAUAGAAAAACAUAUGGUUAUGAUGUUUUAGUGGAGGGAAUAGUGCUUUCUUUGCUUAAUUUUGAAGGCAGUUCUAGUUGAUUUUCGGAUAUUAUAAGGUAUGAAGUUGAUUUGUUUAUAUUGUUGUAGAUGAUCGCCAAAAUUAGAUAUGAGAUUGUUUUUAAGAAUAGUUAACGAUAUUAUCGUUUAGUUUAUAUGUGAUAAAUUGCAACGUGUUUCCUUUAUUUUGAGCGAAAUUAUGAUCUUGGAUAUUAUAGUAGGUAUAAUUAUAGCAAAAUCGUCAAUUUUAGUGAUGAAAUUAAAGGCAAUUACACAAUGCAGUACAAUACCAACACACAGGACAUGACUAAUGUCUUUAGCGACAUUUUGUACAGUGUUUACGUGAAGAACCUGAAGGACAACUUCAGAAUCAUGUUGUACAAUGGAGACACGGACCUGGUUUGCCAUUUUAAGGAAGCCGAACAGUUUGUGGAGAAUUUGGUCGAUACUUAUGAGGGACCUACCAAUGUAAGUUGUUUUGACAGGGUUUGGAAAAAAAUUCAAAGUUAUCAUAAACAUAUCAUAAAUUUUGAUAAUUCAUUUUGCGUGAUUUUAGGUGACAAUCGACCGAAAGCCAUGGCACACCCAAUUGCCAAAGAAUGGCCAAAAAGCGGUAGCCGGAUUCUUCAAACAAUUCAAGUUGGAUGAUGUUAAACUGGACUUGGUUACAGUCAAAGGAAGUGGUCAUUUUGCCCCAUUGGACCGGCCUUUGGCUACACUACAGCUGUUUGAGAACUUUAUCAACAAAAAGGACGUGGAAACCGUGAUACCGUAUGGAACUGAAGCUAAAAAGCUAUUGGGUAGGGGAUUUUGAAAUUUUGGUUAAAAAUUUUUUCAUUUUAGAAAAAAGUUUAUAAAUGUUACUGUUUUGUGCCAUUUCAGCCCAAUACACGCCAGAGGUUCAAGAAACAGCCCCACGCCCGUGGGAACCAACUCUCGCUCCGCUAGUCCCGUUUACUACACCCUCCAAUACUACUACAACGGCUCAACCCGAAACCACUACGCCCGAUUCAGCUUCAUCUACAUGUAUAUCUAUUGUUGUUACUGUUUGUGCAUUGUUGUUUGUGGUUUGGUAUUAG